AUGGCCACAUAUGCUAAGAAAAGAGGGAAAAAGAGGAACUCAAAAUCUCCUGCUCAAGCAGACGUGUACCCUCUAGUUACAUGGAGAAGAAUUUCUCACCAGCAACUUGUACAAGCAACGAAUGGAUUCAACUCUAAUAAUUUACUUGGGGAAGGAUGUUUUGGGUCAGUAUACCAAGGAACACUUUCAGAUGGGAUGAAUAUUGCAAUCAAAAUUGUGAACUUGCAAGUGAAAGGGCCAUUCAAAAGUUUUGAUGCAAAGUGUGAGGUGCUACGAAAUAUUUGUCAUCGAAAUCUUGUCAAAAUCAUCACCAUUUGUAGCAAUAUUGACUUCAAAGCCCUUGUAUUGGAAUACAUGCCUAAUGGAAACUUAAAGAAAUGGUUGCACUCUCAAGAUCACUAUCUGAAUAUCUUACAAAGGCUCAAUAUCAUGAUUGAUAUCGCAUCAACAUUAGAAUACCUUCAUCAUGGUCAUUCAACAACAAUUAUUUAUUGUGAUCUAAAACCUAGCAAUGUCUUAUUAGAUGAAGAAAUGGUUGCACAUGUUGCCGAUUUUGGCAUGGCCAAACUCUUAGAUGAUAGGGACUCUAAGAUGCAGACCAUGACUCUUGCUGCUUUAGGGUACAUGGCACCAGGAGAGAAGCAAAUUGGGGUUGAAGUUGGGAAUCUUGGCAAUCCUGGUUUUUGCAGCUUGGGUGUCAUCUGUGGUUCUAAACAUCUCCGAGUCAAAGCUUUAAACCUUUCCUACAUGGGCCUUGUUGGUACCAUUCCUCCGCACAUCGGGAACCUUUCGUUCCUUGUUAGCCUAAGCAUAAGAAACAACAGUUUUCAUGGCUCAUUUCCAAAUGAGUUGUCUCAUCUUACUCGGUUGAAAAUCUUUAACUUUGGAUUCAAUGAAUUGAGCGGAGAAAUUCCAUCUUGGAUUGGGUUGCUAAAAAAUCUUCAAUCUUUGUACCUAUAUGGUAACAAUUUCAUAGGUACUAUUCCACCAUCUCUAUCUAACAUAUCUUCAUUGCAAGUUAUUAGUCUUGGAUACAAUCAGCUUUCAGGCACCAUACCUUCCUCUAUCUUCAAGAUAUCUUCCUUGCAAAAAAUUUAUCUUGGAGCGAACAAGCUUUCAGGACCGAUGUCCUCCAUUUUCUUCAACAUAUCUUCACUACAAAACAUUGAACUUGGCAAGAAUAUGCUAUAUGGUGGACUAUCUACACAUAUGUUUGAUUAUCUUCCCAAUCUUCAGUAUCUUUCUAUUUCUAGUAAUCAAUUGUCAGGUGAACUCCCGAAAAUAGGGAAUUUAACCAUGCUUACAAACCUAAACCUUGGUGAAAACAAAUUCAAAGGAAAACUACCCCCAGAAAUAGGGAAUUUAACUAUGCUUACAGAGCUAUACCUUGAUGACAACAAAUUUGAAGGUUUAAUACCAUAUCAAAUUGGUAAUCUGCAAAAUCUAGAGGUUUUUGAAAUUGGAGCCAAUGGUUUUUUUGGCACAAUUCCAUUUGGCAUCUUCAAUAUCUCAACAUUAAGAUGGCUUGGAAUGGGGGCAAAUAACCUAUCAGGCCAUCUUCCAUCAAAUAUGGGUCUCUUCCUUCCAAAUCUUCAACGACUUUUUCUUGGGGUAAAUAAAUUGAGCGGAACAAUUCCCAACUCUAUCUCUAAUACUUCACAGCUUGCUCUCGUAGACUUAUCUUGGAACUCAUUCUCAGGCAUAAUUCCAAAAUUGCUUGGAAAUUUAAGAUCCCUCCAGGUGCUUGACCUAGGAUUCAAUGAUUUGACAGUUGAAUCUCUAGAAUUGAGUAUUUUCUCCUAUUUUUCCAAUUGUAUAAAUCUCGUUUAUUUAGCUUUGAGCAAAAAUCACUUGAAUGGCUUCCUUCCCAAGUCCAUUGGAAACCUCUCUCUUUCUCUUCAAACACUUUACCUAUAUGAUUGCAAACUUAAGGGUAGCAUUCCAAUAGAGAUCGGGAAUUUAAGUGGUUUGACUACGUUGACCUUAUCCAGCAAUGAAUUGAGAGGACUUGUUCCAACCACAAUAGGAAGUUUGCGCAUGCUUCAAAGUUUGGGCCUUGAUGGUAAUAGACUAAAGGGAACCAUACCAACAGAACUAUGUUAUCUAAGGAGAUUGUUUGAAUUAUUUUUAGUUGGUAAUGAUCUAUCGGGACACAUUCCUAGAUGCAUAGAUAAUAUGACUUCGCUAAGAGCUCUCUACUUAGGCUUCAAUCAAUUAACUUCUAUGAUUCCAUUGAGCUUGUGGAGGCUUACAGAUCUCUUGGAGGUUGACUUCUCAUCCAAUUCUUUAAGUGGCUCUCUUUCAUCUGAGAUUGAGAAAAUGAAGGUCUUGAGGAGAUUGAAUUUGUCAAGAAAUCAACUAUCAGGUGAAAUUCCUAAAACAAUUGGUGGUCUCAAAGAUUUGACUAAUCUCUCAUUGGCAAUAAAUCGAUUACAAGGCUCAAUUCCUGAAUCUUUUGGUGAAUUGGUAAGCUUGGAGUUUUUGGAUCUUUCCGAUAACAAUUUAUCUGGAGAGAUUCCCAAGUCCUUAGAACGACUCCAUUACCUCAAAUAUCUAAAUCUCUCAUUCAAUAAACUACAAGGAGAAAUUCCCACAAGUGGACCAUUUCAAAACUUCUCAGCUACAUCAUUUAUGUCAAACAAUGCACUUUGUGGUGCAACUCGAUUGAAAGUUCCCCCAUGUAAAGAAGGUGAUCCUCGAAGAAAGAAGACAAAAUGGUCACAUAUGCUAAGGUAUGUAUUGCCAACAAUUGGGUUUAUAAUGCUUGUAGUGACCCUUGCAUUUGCUUGGAGAAAAUGGAAAAAGUGGAAUCCAAAAUCUCCUGCUCGAGCAGACUUGUACCCUUUAGUUACAUGGAGAAGAAUUUCUCAUCAACAACUUGUACAAGCAACGAAUGGAUUCAACUCUAAUAAUUUACUUGGUGAAGGAAGUUUUGGGUCAGUAUACCAAGGAACACUUUCAGAUGGGAUGAAUAUUGCAAUCAAAAUUAUGAACUUGCAAGUGAAAGGGGCAUUCAAAAGUUUUGAUGCAGAGUGUGAAGUGCUAAGAAAUAUUCGUCAUCGAAAUCUUGUCAAAAUCAUCACCAUUUGCAGCAAUAUUGACUUCAAAGCCCUUGUAUUGGAAUACAUGCAUAAUGGAAACUUAGAGAAAUGGUUGCACUCUCAAGAUCACUAUCUGAAUAUCUUACAAAGGCUAAAUAUCAUGAUUGAUAUCGCAUCAGCAUUAGAAUACCUUCAUCAUGGUUAUUCAACAACAAUUAUUCAUUGUGAUCUGAAGCCUAGCAAUGUCUUAUUAGAUGAAGAAAUGGUUGCACAUGUUGCCGAUUUUGGCAUGGCCAAACUCUUAGAUGAUCGGGACUCUAUGAUGCAUACCAUGACUCUUGCUACUUUUGGGUACAUGGCACCAGAGUAUGGAUUAGAAGGAGUUGUUUCCACAAGAGGCGAUGUGUAUAGUUAUGGCAUUUUACUAAUGGAAACAUUCACAAGAAAGAAGCCUACAGAUAGCAUGUUUAUUGGAGAAUUGACCUUGAAGCGUUGGGUGGAUGAAUCACUACUCACUUCAAUACUCGAUAUUGUUGAUGCCAAUUUGUUGAGAAAUGAAAAAGAACGUGCUGCCAUGGAGGACUGCAUAUCUUCAGUUAUGAGAUUGGCUUUGGAUUGUUGUGCAGAGUCACCUACACAAAGAAUUGACAUAAAAAAUAUUUCAGCGAAACUCAAUAAGGUCAAAUUAAAGUUUGUACUAGAUAGUAGAAGAGGCUAA